CCCCACCUCCCAAUCCCGCUCUCCUUGUGAAAUUUAGUCUUGGGGUCCCAAAAUUUGGCUACUCUUUUUUUGGGUCAUAAAUAUCUUCCCGCCUAAAGCAAAAACCAAUCGACACCCAUGUACACCACCUGCUUCCAUUUCUUUCAAUGGUAACACCUUUUAAACCUCAAUUACUUGUAUGAUUUUUAUGUUUUUUUUAAAAAAAGAACAUUUUUAUAGGUUUUGGACUUUACAAAAUGGCAGGGUGGUCGAAGAGAGUUGAUGGGUCAGGUCUAGAAAGUUACAGGGAACCUGAAAUUGUUACAAUACUUGAUAAGCAGCUUCUUGUUAAUACUGAAGAUUUUAAGACUAAACUGUUAAAAGAGGUUAAUGGGUGUUUGUGUUUUAGGCCAUUUCCUCCAAUGCUUGGUGAUGGGAAGACAGUUGAUUUGUGGAAGCUGUACUUAGUUGUGAGGGAGAAAGGUGGGUACGAUAGGGUUUGUAAUAGUCGGUCUUGGGGUGUUGUAGCUAAAGAGUGUGGUUUUGAUUCGACUUCCGGUUUGGCUUUGAAGUUGGUAUAUGUUAAGUAUUUAGCUGCAUUGGACAGAGCAAUGCUGAGUCUUGAGCAACCUGAUAAUAAUGAAAAGAGUGAGGUUAGGAAGAGUGGUGCCUCGGGUUUUAGUGGCGUUCGGAUGGACCUUGAGCUGGAUUUGAAGGAGGUUUUGAUGAAAAUUUCUGAUGAAAAGAAGAAAGAUAAGGUGUAUGCAAAUAUUGACUUGAGCAAUGGUGUUGAGGUUCAGGAUUUUGUUGGUUUGGUUAGAUGUUCUGAGAAUUUCGUUGGAAAGCAAAGUUUGGACCACAAUGAUUGUGAUGUAAAGGGCAUGGAUGAAAGAAUGAGUGUUGUCUAUGAUGAAGAAGACUCGAAGUUUGUGAAAAGAAAUGGAGACAUUCAACGUGAUACAGAUGACAUCGGGCUAACAAAGUCUAGUGAGGAUGAGGAAGAUGGCAUUACUAGGAAGAGGAAGUAUAGUGAUGAAAAGAUGAGCGUCUAUUAUGAUGAUGAACAAUUGAAUUUUGUGAAUGAAAACGGAGAUGUUCAGUGUGGCGGAGAUGAUAUUGGGCUGAGAAAGUCUAGUGGGGAUGAGGAAGAUGGCAGUACUAGGAAGAGGAAGCGAGAGUCUAACUUGGGCAUGCUCAAGUGGGUUACUGAACUUGCAAAGGAUCCUUGUGAUCCUGCCAUUGGACAUCUGCCGGAAAGAUCUAAGUGGAAGUCUUAUGGGAAUGACGUUGUUUGGAAGAAGGUUCUUUUGUUAAGAAAGGAAAUGGUUUUGGAAAGGAAUGUGGAUACAAGUACUCAGUACUCCAUAUGGCAGCACAAACAGAAAAUGCAUCCAUCUAUGUAUGAUGAUAAUAGUGGGUCUGAGCGAGUAAGGUGCAGUCAAAGGGUCGUAUCUGCAAAAGAUUCUUCGAAAAAGACCCAGCUUUUAUCAACAACAUCACUAUCAGCUUCUCAUAUCAAUGAAACUCUGAUUGAUGGACCUACUGACUCUUCUGCCGAGUCAGGAGUUUGGUGGAACCGUCGCCGUAAGAAACUAGUAUCGAUUGGGUCAGAGUUUCAAGCGGAUAUUCCAGAAUGGAAAAAUGACAUCUAUGAAUCUGACUCUAAAUGGUUGGGCACCCGAAUCUGGCCGCUGGAUAAAAAUGAACAGAACAGAAUGUUACUAAUCGAAAGAGAUCCUGCUGGGAAAGGAAGGCAAGAUACAUGUGGCUGUGAAUAUCCAGGUUCUUUUGACUGCAUCAGGUUUCACCUUUUUGAGAAAACAAGGAAGGUUAAAUAUGAGCUAGGAUCCGCUUUUUAUCACUGGAAAUUUGCCUGCAUUGGUGAAAAGGUUGCACUCUCUUGGACAGGAGAAGACCAACAGAAAUUCCACGAUAUAGUGAAAUUGAGCCCUUUGUCUGAGGAUGAGAGUUUCAGUUUCUGGCCUGAACUUUUUAAGGUCUUUCCUCACAAAAGCAGGGAAUCUUUGGUGAGCUACUAUUUUAAUGUCUUCCUUCUACGGCGAAGAGGUCAGCAGAAUAGGAUGAAUGCAAGUGACAUUGACAGUGAUGAUGAUGAAUCAGGGUGUGGACCUAGGUCUAUUUGUUUUGGCCGGGAUAAGUUCUCCAUCUUGUGUUCCCCGAAGAAAGCACAUCUAGAUCCUAAAUAGUAACCGAAGGUUGAUCACCAUUAAUGGCCUUGUUCAGAAAUGUAAAUUUGGAGGAGUCUUGUUCUUUCUUUGUUUCAGUAAUUUUAUGGGUUGGUGGAUAUUGGGGGUUUAAGGGUGGUUUACGGAUAUCAAUUUUUGAUCUACAUUUCUCAAUGUACACAGUUUACACUCCCUGUAGAGUUAGCAGUGCUUGAAUCAGAAAGAAACAAGACUGCUAGGAGCACACAUUUUUCACCCCAACAGCAAAGUCUUUUGAGUUUAUAUAUAUACAUGCUGCUCUUAAUUAAA